AUGCAGCCCCGAACGAUGCGCUUGCCCAUUCUCCUGGUCGCCGCCCUCCGCGCCGCGUCGGCGACGCGCCUCGACGCCGGCGAUGCCCUUGUGAGCUGGGCGGGGCGCCGGAGAGGCUCCGCGUCGGGGCAGGUGUCCUUCGACUGGGUCGGCGUCGCCGCCCGCGUCAAGGUGGUCAACGCGACCUUCGUGCGGGCCGUCGUCGCCACGAGCGCGCCGUUCCGCGGCACGCGGCUCAAGGCCUACGGCUCCGACGCGGGCUACCUGAUGAUGCCGACGGUCCAGUUCUGGGUCGACGCCCGCGGCGGCUCCGACCGGCGCUCCGACGCGUACGCCCUGUGGCUCGCGGAGCGGCCCCGCGACGUGAUCGCGACGGUGGAGAACCUCGUGUCGCCCCAGUACGGCACGGGCGUCACGACCGUCCGCCGCUUCGAGACCGACGGCGCCUUCGCCGCCCUCGCGCCCGCGGAGCGGCUCGGCGGCGCGGACGGGCGCUCCAUCGAGUUCGUCGGCGACUCGAUCACCGCGGCGACGAACGUCGUCCGCCCCCCGGGCGUGGCCGCGUGCGCCGACGAGGGCUACGAGAGCGACUGGUCCCAAAGCUACGGGGGCCUCCUCGCGCGCCGCUUCAACGCCGCGGCGUCCGCGGUCGCCGUCGGCGGCAAGUGCGUCACGGAGCGCUGCGGCGCCAGCCUCCAGAUGCCCGACUACUACGGGUCCGCCUUCUACGCGGACGCGCCGGCGCGGACCUUCGACUUCGCGGAACCGCCCGACGCCGUCUUCGUGAACCUGGGCACGAACGACAACCUCCGCAUCAAGACGGCCGCGGACAUGGAACAGUUCGCGGACGCGUCCGUCGACUUCCUCGUCAACGCGACCGAGUUCUACGGCUCGCGGGCCGUCGACUUCUUCCUGAGCGCGGGGCCCAUGGAGAACCGCACGGCCGACGCGACGCUAAACGCCGUCCGCCGCGCGCGCGACCUCGGCCUGAAAGCGACCUUCGUCGACCUCCGCGACGCGUGCGCGGGGCUCGCGCGCCACGAGAGCGCCGCGGACCUCUGCGACGGCUGCGCGAACCACCCGGGCGUCGGCGGCCACGCGGCCAUGUACGAGGCCGCCGCGCCCGUGCUCUCGCGCGCCCACGGCCUGAAGCGCAGUGAGGAGCGGCGGGAGCGGCGCGAGUUCCGACGCGUCAUGUCGUUCUACGAAUCCGGCAGGGCCGACGCGUUCGACCAGGACAUCGAGGACCGGGACCUGGCCCACGCGCACGCGGUCACGCUCUCGAAGCGCAUCGAGCUCUCGGGCGACGUGUCCCGGGACCUGCUCGAGGAGACGAGCGCGGCGCGGCCCGUCGCGUCGCGCCGCGCGCGCGCGGCCGGGGCGAGUUGCGCCGCCGCCGCCGCUCGGUGGUUCGCCGAGGGCACGGAGCCCGUCGCGGAGAUGAUCAACUCCGAGUCCCUGGGCCUCGGCCCGGGCCGCGACGCCCGGGACCGCUUCUACCGGGCCGUCGACGCCGUCGAGCGCGACAGCCUCUACGACCUCCGGCGCGAGCUCGCAUACGUCGGCUCGCGGAACUGGGCGCGCGGCGCCGUCGACGCCCGCGCGAGGUCGCUCUUCCACCUCGCCGUGCAGCACGACGCGCACGUCUGCGCGGCAUUCCUCUACCACUACGGCGGCGUCGAGGCGGCCAAGCUCCGGCGCGGCGGCUUCGCGCGCGCGUGCGUCGAGGCGGCGGCGGCCGACGAGGCCGGCACGACGACGGGCGACUUCUACGCGGGGAUUCUUCGGGACGCGGACGGCGGCGGCGGCGACGGACGCGCGCGAUCUCUCGACGUCCUCGGCCUCGACGACCCGGCGACGCCGACGACGGCCGCCCGGGACCCCGCGCGGGGCCCGCUGCGGUCGCUCCGGACCGCGAGGCGGGGCUCGAAGCCGCGCCAGCGCGCGAACCCCCUGGUCGCGACGACGCGCCGCUACGUCGGCCUCGCGUCGGCGCCGUCCGACGUCUCGUCGGUCUGGUCGCGCCGCUCCUCCGAGGCGUCUCCGAAGGCGGCGCCGCGGGAGCCGUCCCUGUUCAACUGCAUCUUCUGCGCGGACACGGGCGAGCGCGACCGGCCCGCGCGAUGGUCCUCCAACGACUUCGACGACGCCGACUUCGACGACGCCUACGACACCGGCGGCUCCGACGACGUCGUCUCCGGCGGCUCCGGCGACGACGACGCCGACGACGACGACGCCGAGUCCGAGUCGAGGCAGCCCCUUAAUGACUGGCGCCCCCCGCGACGACGGACGGGGCGCUAG